AUGAUCUACGACAGGAAAUCGUUGUCGUACGAAGGAGUCCAUACCUCGGAGGGAGAGGGAGGAAACCUACAUAAGCAGGUGUCCUCUGUUUCCUCUGUACCUCUAACACCCGCGGAACGGCGGGAUAGGAUAUGGACGGCCCGCGCGCUUAUGUUCGGCACAUGGCUGUUUGCGUCGACGGCCGUCUGUGUCGCGCAUCAUACAUUCCUGCAUGUAUUGGAUGGGUGGGGCGUUGAUAAUAUCGCCAUAUCGCAGACGUGGGUGAGGGAUAUUGGGAACACUGUUGCGUGGGCGGCACAUUGGAUGCUGCAACUAUCGGCCGGGGUGGCUUUGACACAAAGCAUACGGCUAUGCAUCCGAAGAAACCGCGUCACCUUGAACAACCUCGAUGUUCUAUUCAUCCUUCCAGCCUUCUCGGCUGUCCGAUCAACACUCUUCAGCAGCAGUGUGUUCUGCGUCCUCCUACUCACUGUCAUCAUCCAAGCGCAAUCCCUCGUCGACAUCUUCGCGCACAGCGCAUUGUCCGUCGUAUCCGCCAGCGCCAUAAAAUCGAAUUCACGCGUACCCAUACCCUCCCUCGAUCGCAUCUCUGCCACAGCAAGCUCAUUCUUGCAGUCUUCGAACUCUGGCAUCCUUUACUACAUGAACCCGUCGUCAGACUUCCAACGGCUCGCUCGUGGUAUUUUGGAUGGCAGCGCCAUUUUCCCGUGGACCGCUCCGUCAGGAUAUGAUCGAGGAUGCGGGUACGAAGUCGAGUACUGGGAUCCUGCUCUGAAGCGCACGGACAUCCCACAGUCGUCUACUGACGUGUUCAACACGAAUUUUACGACGUUCAACGCCGCCCAGGCGGCUCUCGCUCCGGGCAUCUAA